CAUUCGAAAUUCAUCCGUCAUGAUGAUGUAUGAUGUAUAGGGAGAAAAUAAGAAACCCGCAGAUUUGACGCUGGCUCCAAGCACGGAGCGAUACUCGGAACGUGAGUCUUGAAUUUAAGUAGCAGCAAGACUCCGUACGGAGUCCUCCGUAGUGCGACCAUUUUCUCCACGAGUCAUGGGCGAGAUGAUGCCAAUGGCGGUGGUCCAGGCCCCACGAUGGCUGGGCCUGCUAAUCGCGUCGAGAUAAUGCCAGAUAAGCCCGAGAUAAGGAUUGUCGUUGUCAUUCACCUUAUUCAGAGGGGCGUUAGUUAAUCCCGUAGCACUAACUACUAGUUAGUAACAGUUAGUUAGUGAGCACUGAAUAAGGCCUCUCCGUGGCAUUCGGGAAAUUCCCCUCUUCCCACGUGUAUCCGGUACCGUACUGCACCGUACCAUAUGUGGUACACUGUACUUACACGGUAUUGUACUGUACUGUACAAGUAUGGUUCACUCACUUUCACAAAGCCGUGCGGCGUCUCUCCCGUACCACGACUGAGCCUCGCCGACGGAAAGGAUCGACAACCCACGCAAGACAGACGAGACGAGAUACUUGGUCCGUCCUCUGUAUCCGAUGAACGGAACAGGACGGUGAAACAAAACGAAACCAAGGAGGAUUCCGGUACCGCGUCUUCUUCCGCUCUCUCUCGCUCUCUUGCUCUCUCUCCCCCCCCCCAGAGGAAAAGCCGUCCGAACCAACCCGACGAGAACACAACUCCCGAUCGGCGGAAUGGGGGGGGGUUUGGAAGCCACAAGGUCGAAACAGGAAAAAACGGGUCGAGAUAUGGAGUCGGACGGGUCGAGCGCUGCGCCAUCAGUCGAAUAUGCAGGUCAGUGGGUGGAGACUGGAGACCUUUGCUUUCCAGAAGGCACAGUCGAUAUCAGCUUCUUUCCACGGUCGUCUCUCCCCACACUAAGCUGAUUAUCUCUCCCCCCCCUUUUUUUUUCUUUUCCCUGCGGCUCCAGCGGUAAAGCUGAAAUACCCCGGUGACAGAAAGGCCGUUACACCCCUUCUCUGCCCCCCCCCCUC